CGUGACCCUAAGGUCCCUAAACAUGGCGGCCUCUACAAGUGACAGUUCAAGCAGCUCUGUGAGGAAAAGACAUGUUGGCAACAAUAAGACAGAGACAAAGUCUGUGGACAGCAGUGAAGAAGAUGGAGAAGACAAAGAGAAAGAAAAGAGACUACAGCCGCUGCAGAAAGGGACUUACUGGCUCACACGUAUCGUGUUGCUGCGCUCAGUCUCCUUUAUUUACUUGGUGGCGUUCAGCGUGGCUUACAACCAGAACAAGCAGCUGAUAGGGGAACGUGGUCUGCUGCCCUGCAAGAGCUACCUCAACAGCGUGAAGCGCUAUGUCGGGGGUAAGAUAGGCUUGGCGGCCUUCGCGUACACGCCAUCCAUCCUCUGGUUGCUUGACUGGAGCGACAUGGAUGCCAACCUGGACGGCCUCGCUCUGCUGGGGAUGGCACUGUCGGCGUUCGUCCUGGUGACGGGAAUGGCCAAUAUGGUGAUCAUGGUUACGCUGUGGGUGCUCUACCACUCCCUGGUCAACGUGGGACAGCUGUGGUACUCCUUUGGUUGGGAGAGUCAGCUGUUGGAGACCGGCUUUCUGGCCAUCUUCCUAUGUCCAGUGUGGACUCUGUCCCAGGUUCCCCGCCGCUGUCCUCCUCCCCUUAUCUGCAUCUGGACCUUCAGGUGGCUCAUUGUUCGCAUCAUGCUGGGAGCUGGUCUCAUUAAAAUCAGAGGGGACAAAUGCUGGAGAGACCUGACAUGCAUGGACUACCACUACGAGACCCAACCAGUUCCUAACCCCAUGUCGUACUACAUGCAUCGCUCCCCUUGGUGGGUUCAUCGUUUCGAGACAUUGUCCAACCACCUCAUCGAGCUUGUCUUUCCGUUCUUCACCUUUUUGGGGAGGAGAAUGUGUACGGUCAAUGGUGCAAUCCAGAUUCUGUUCCAGGUGGUUCUGAUAGUGAGUGGGAACCUCAGUUUCCUUAACUGGCUAACCAUUGUCCCUAGCCUGGCAUGUUUUGACGACUCGUCGCUGGGCUUCUUGUUUCACUCUGGAGGUGGAGCUAGAAAGGCAGUCUUUGAGAUUCAGAAUGACUAUAAAGCUGGAAGAAACCCAAAACCCACCAAAGGUAUGAUGGUGCGUCGGGUCGUGAACAUCUCUUUGGGCAUUCUGAUUGGACUCCUGAGCAUUCCUGUAGUGAUGAACCUGUUGAGUUCCAAACAGUUGAUGAACACCUCUUUUGACCCACUGCGCAUCGUAAACACGUACGGCGCCUUUGGAAGCAUUACCAAGGAGCGUACUGAGGUGAUUUUCCAGGGCACUCAAAGCCUUGAUCCCAAGGACCCAGAGGCAGUGUGGGAGGAGUACCAGUUUCUGUGUAAGCCAGGGGACGUUUACCAGCGACCAUGCCUCAUAUCACCAUACCACUACCGACUAGACUGGCUCAUGUGGUUUGCUGCUUUCCAGACCUACGAGCAGAGUGAGUGGGUAAUCCACAUAGCAGGACGUCUGCUGUCCAAUGACAGCGCGGUCCUUUCUUUGCUUGACCACAACCCCUUCCAAGGCACAGAAACUCCAAGGUGGGUUCGAGGGGAACAUUUCAGAUACAAGUUCAGCCAGCCGGGCAGUUCCAGCGCGGCGCAGGGGAAGUGGUGGUUAAGAAAACGCAUAGGGGCCUACUUCCCUCCCGUUGACCUGGAAGGACUCAGAGGAUACUUUCAGUCCAGGAACUGGCCCCAUCCACACAUGCCACCCAACAAGAACUAAAGCCCCAAACUCAGACUAUUCUGUAGUACCAGGAGGAGAUCAGAAGACCUCACAUGUUGAGAGUGGACACGGUCAUUUCAGAUCAAGUGUUGUAAUAACGACCAAGGAUGACAUCAUGUUUUGUGAUAAAAGUGCUUUUAUGUAACUGAUAUCAAAUGUCCUGAUAUUUUCCCACAAUCAAUGUAUUGAAUGAGGUGUUAAUGGAAGAAUGUGAAACAUUUUACACAUAAAUAAAGCAGAAAUCAA